CAGUAGACACCCGAAUAGUUGCCUGGCAACCACUUUCAAUACAUUAGAUGUUUGUAGAAAUAAAAGAGCCGUGGUUCACGUCUAUCUCAACUUUUUAAACUAAAGUUGAUUAAGAAAGCGUAACCUUUUAAGCUGCCGAAUGUGCGACUCGGAUAAUGCUCAAUAUCUCAAAAGGCGAAUUAAAUUCGAUUCUGUCGAUGUACACCCAAUCGAAAAGGCUCUUAUCGUUUUCUAUCGAAUAGAAGCUAUCCUUCUUUCCACCGAUGGAGAACCAAUGGCUGGUGAAAAAAGAGAGGCACAGAAGAUGAUUAAAGUCCAAAGCUUGAAUGCCACAACAGACAUCAAUGGGCUUGCCAAAGAAGUGAUCCAUCAAUGUAAACUAAUACCUAGUUCAAGACUCAAUGAAGUCCAGCAACUGCUGAGUUACCUACAACAAAGACCAGACAACAAGCCUGCAAAUAUGAGUGAUAAGAUGAGACCCAUGACAAGUAGCCAGCUGAUGCGGAAUGAUGACAUGGUUGACAUAAUCAACCAUCAAAUGGAUGAACAAGCCUCCAUGGGAAAACUGGACUCCUACAUUGAAUUGCUGUAUGAAGAGCUGGAAGGGAAAAUACGAGGAACUUCUCUCAUUUUGCAGCUGGCAAAACAAAAUGAAAAUUUACAAGAUCUGAGCCUCAAUGAAUCUUUGAUUGGCGCUCUAUAUCGUGUACUACGCGAGGACGGACGGAAGCAUUACGCCCUAGCUGUAAACAUUGCCUUCACUUUUUUCUAUUUUGCCUCUUACUCUUCAUUCCACCCUAUGCUCACACGGUUCAAAGUUGGCUCCUUAUUGAUGGAAAUUGUUCGUGGAGAAUUUGUAAGGUUUGAGCAGUGGGAAAGCGAACUGAAUUUAGGACAUUUCGAGCAAGACGGUCUACAUCGGAAAUUUCAAACGGCGCUCCUGCAACAAACUUUACUCAUAAGAACUUGUUUCUACGUGUUACUUCAUUUGUCGGAAGACCCCGGUGUCGAGGAUAAGAUGCGGAAAAAAGGGAUAGUUUCUUUGCUCAUCCGAACCCUUCAGCGUAAACAUAUCCAUUCCAGUGUUAACGAGCUUAAUUAUUUGGUGCUGACGUUUCUGCAAAAGUUAUCUAUCUUUGGCGAGAACAAAGACGAAAUGGCUCAACUAGGAGUGAUUGAGAAAGCUGCUAUUCUAGUGGAUUCACCACACCGCCUAGUGCAGGACUCUGCUGCCCGUGUCUUGUAUAACCUUUCCUUCGAUCCCGCUUUACGGCUUCGUAUAGGGAGACUGGGAUUGUUGCCUUCAUUAAUUCGAAUGAUGCUGACCGAUUCUCAAGGGGGUAAUAUCGCCUGGGCCUUGGUCUACCAGAUUAGUCUUGAUGACAGAGGGCGUAUCCUAAUCAGCCGCUCAGAAUGCUUCUCCUUCGUUUUGGAAUACCUUUUACGUUGCAAAGAAAUUCCCCUACCGUCCAUUCCACUCGCCCUGGCUGUUAAUCUAGCUCAUGUUCCAAAGCUUGCUACCGAAUUAUCUCAAAGCAAAUACUUUGUCCUGUUCUUGGAUUUGGCGAUCGCAAAUCAAGACGCAGUACUAAUAAAGUUACUUCGCAAUGCUGCCGGUCACGCUCUGUCAUCUCAGUCGAGCAAUCCUGUCGUUAUGGAGAAGAUAGUCGAUGCCAUCUUGAAAUGUUCUGGCGAUUAUUUCAAUGUUGAAGCUCUAGGAUUGCUGGCCAACCUUGGGGAAUUCUCUUUAUCUACUGGAUGGGAAACGAUUAUCAGCGAUAAGCGUUUCUUAAACUGGAUAGACAAGCAUCUCCAACCAGGUACCAGUCCGUUCGAUGUUCAACUCUCUGCUGUUUUGGUACUACGAUCAAUCGCUGCAGCUACCGAGGCAAGCCUUCACCUGAUCGAUUCAGGAUUAAUCUCUACCUUAUUGAAUUUACUAAGAACGCAACAAGAAGAUGACGAAUUUGUUCUACAAAUUCUUCAUGUUUUCUAUCGCCUUCUACGACAUGAUGAAAUACGCUUCAUCAUCGUGAACAAAUUUGAAGACAUCCCGGCCUCUUUUCUAGACCUCAUGACCGACCAAAACCUAGAAGUUCGAAAAGUGUGCGAGAGAGGACUGAUGCUGAUUGCCGAGUCGGAUACCAAAUGGGAAGAGCGGAUUAAAAAUGAACGUUUCUGCUGGCACAAUGCUCAGUGGCUCGAGGCCAUCGCCAAAACGAACCUCUUAUCGUCGCCUGGAACUGAAGAUGAACACAGUAUCGCUGGCAGUGUUUUAGAUUUGUGCGUACGACACGCCGACCUCCUCGAUCGUGCAAGUAAUUCUGCAUCCAGUUUCGGAUCACCCGAAUCCCGCAUAGGAUCGCCUGUCGAAUCUAUUGAUGCUUGGGAUGCGCAAAUAUAAUAAUGGGUCGCCCACCACGAGAAGAAGAAAAAUAAAAACAAGAGUUUCUAGUCGUCAAUCUUUUUGUUUCAAUGUGCUGUGCUUUCCCCCCUCAUUCUGUUCCCAAGUUCUGUGAUCUACUCCUAUUCAAGCUGCGUUCAACAUAACGAUUCCGACUACAUUUUCGUGUCAUUUUACUUGUAUUUUUGGCUGACGAGGUGCUAAUCAUUUGCUUUGAAUGAUCUUUCAAACAAACUGCUAUUUAAGAAAUAGUUUUCACGCAUUUUUUUUUCCAUUGCUUUUUGUGUGUUUUUCGUUAGGGGGAAAUGACCCAAUAAAAACGAUAAAAAAAAUGUUGGCUUCUCGUUAAAGUUCCUCGGUUUCUGAGCACGCGACCUCCGCAACUAAUCUAGAUGACCCUAUGGAUAAGACAUCCGUCGCCCUCAAAUGAGAUUGACGCCUUGAGGGUUUACAGCAUUCGGUCGACUUUGGUUUCAAUAUUAUCAGCCUCCGAAACUGUAGCUCAAAGCACGUAGUCCCCAGUGCCCUGUCAAAAACAGUACAGCUAUGUUCAUCGCGAUGACUUCAAAAACAGCUUCCAAUCGCGCUCGCUCUCAUAUCAUUCCGUGAAACCCAGACCGAAGAGUUUGAGUGCAAGAGGGGAAACUGCUUAACGACUUGAAAUUUCAAAAAUUCAACAUGCUGGUCCACUACAUAUUGACUGCAAUAUUGGUGGUCUUUCUGGAGGCUCGGCCUGGACGAGCAGAGUGUCCUCGCGGCUACAAAGCGAGUUCAUCCGGUCAAAGAGAUCCGUCGACAAAGUCGGAGAGCCAGAGGAUCUUGGAGAAUUUUCUCAACGAAAGGGAUGAGGCCACGAUCCGCUCCACAUGGAAUACUGCCAAAAAGAAUGGUAACAUCGGUCCCAAGACAUUCCUACGUUACUUUGAAUUGAAGCCUGAGGCACAGAAAAUGUUUCCAGCUUUUGCGGAAGUAGACCACAUGAAGCUUCCGACGAAUGAAGACUUUCUCGCUCAAGCUCAGAAUUGCGUAUCUGGGCUCAAUUCAUACGUUGAACACCUUGGGAAAAACCCUAAAAAUUGUCCGUUCAUCGCUAAGGCAAAAGGAAAAUAUCAUCAUGAAGAUCUUAAGCUUCUGGGAGUGACCCUAAUGGGAGUGUUGGAAGAAGAACUGGGGAAAGGAUUCACUGAUGAAACAAAGGAGGCGUGGAAGAAGGGACUUCGAGCGAUGAAUGAAGCCGUCACGAAAAGACCAAAUCCGUCGAGACGUUGAUCUAAUAUAUAGAUAUAUGUCCCAAAAAAUUUAAAGUUUAAUCAACCAGAGUUCCUUCGUCAUAAUGCAUGCAUAUUAAGAAGAAGUAUUUUGUGUUGGUAAUGGUUAAGUAGAGGGCAGGAAGUGCAAUUUGACAUUAUUAUAAAUAAAUGUAUGUAUAAAAUGGGGAAUAUUGGCAACUUACAAGGUAUUGAAACAUAACAAACUCGCCAAACAUAUAAGCACUUAUUUUCAAUUCAUACUUUAGCGAGGAAAUCAAGAGAACCAAUUGCAGCAAGUGCAAACUGAUUUAGAAUUAUUAAGUUACUAGACUACCAUUUCCAUGUGUUCAACAAACAUCACAGCACGAUUAUAGGCAAGUGCUGCUGAAGUAUCUGUUUUCCACUGUAUACUAUUGUACUUGUUGAAGCAUCCUUCGUGUUCAACCUCUUUAGUUCAAAUGCCAAGACUUUGUAAACAAUAAAUAUGAUAUGCAAAAUAAGCCAGCAAAUAAAUAAACUCACACAUA